UGGCCACUUUCUACACGCACACUGGAAAAUAUCAUUUAUCUCUUGCUAUCUCUUGGCUAUUAUAAAUUUGGACAUGUUCUAUUCUUAGAUUUCACUUCUCUUCUUCAAUAUUCUGUCAUACAUAAAUGGCUGCAACCAAUGCUUCUUUCUUUGCUUCUUCCACGCAGCCAUGUUUGCCUUUGUAUGAACUAGUAAUUUCUCAUGCAGCUAGUCCUUUUCUCAAUGUGUCAUUACCAAAAAGUUACCCUGUGAAGAAAAAUCAUAUGAAAAUUAGCAAAAAGAUCUGUGCUGCUGCUGUUGCAACACCAACAACAACUACUGAGGAAGUUAAAGAGUACAAGCUUCCUUCUUGGGCUCAGUUUGAGAUUGGAAGAGCUCCUGUGUAUUGGAAAACAAUGAAUGGCCUCCCUCCUACCUCAGGAGAAAAGCUAAAGCUUUUGUAUAAUCCAGCAGCAGCUCAACUAGUCCCUAGUGAAGAAUUUGGAAUUGCUUUUAAUGGAGGUUUUAAUCAGCCAAUUAUGUGCGGUGGUGAGCCAAGGGCUAUGCUUAGAAAAAAUAGAGGCAAAGCUGAUGCUCCAAUAUAUACCAUUCAGAUAUGCAUUCCAAAGCAUGCUCUGAACUUGAUCUUCUCAUUUACUAAUGGAGUAGACUGGGAUGGUCCAUACAGACUGCAAUUUGAAGUUCCCAAGGCUUUAAAGAACAAGCCAAUUGAGUUUUUUAAUAGGGUAAUUGACACAACUUUUCUCUCUUAAUCAACUUCCUCUAAUGCAAUAG